AUGCCUGUUAUCACCGUCAAGAACAACUCCUCUCACUCGCAGAGCUUUCUGGUUCAUGGCUUCCCCAACAACCCGGGGACCAUCACCGUCAAGGCCAACGGCGGCACCGUGGAUGUCAAGAGCCCGGACAACCAACAGGUCUCCGGCGCCAUCAUCGCCACACACGACGGCCAUGAAGGCGAGCAGGCCGAGGUCACCUUCAACGGCUGGCCCGAGGGCAAGAACCAGUACUACGACAUCAGCUACAUCGUCGGCGGCGGUGGUAACCUGACGAUCGAGCAGAAGGGUGCGCCCAACACGCGCAAGGGCGAUGCGACCUUCAUGCAGGACUGCAACACGGCGUGGCAGAAGCUGUCCGCGGACAAGAAGAAGGCGCUGCAGCGGUUCGUCCACCUCGACUCCAAGGGCAAGGUCUCCCGCAUCGACGCUCCCAAGAACGACAAGGGGCUCGAGGACUGGGUGAGGACUUUUGCGCAUGGUGUUUACGUCGGAGUCGGAGCUUGGAAGGAUGACAAGGGGAACGCGGAGGACAACGAGCAGAGCAAGGCAACCCCUGGGGGUAACAAGGACUUGCUGGUUGUGUUCACUGAUAACAACGAUAACUAG